CUUUCUGAUUUUGUAGGGUUGACAAAGAUAGGAGUGGAGUGAUAUCGGACAACGAGCUUCAGCAGGCACUAUCCAAUGGCACGUGGACUCCCUUCAAUCCAGUGACUGUCCGGUCGAUUAUAUCUAUGUUUGACCGAGAGAACAAGGCCGGCGUGAACUUCACCGAGUUCACGGGUGUGUGGAAGUACAUCACUGACUGGCAGAACGUCUUCCGCACCUAUGACAGAGACAACUCUGGGAUGAUCGACAAGAACGAGCUCAAGCAAGCACUCUCAGGUUUUGGCUACCGGCUCUCUGAUCAGUUCCAUGACAUCCUCAUUCGCAAGUUUGACAGACAAGGACGGGGGCAGAUUGCGUUUGACGACUUCAUCCAGGGCUGCAUCGUUCUGCAGAGGUUGACGGAUAUAUUCAGACGCUAUGAUACGGAUCAGGACGGCUGGAUUCAGGUGUCUUAUGAACAGUAUCUUUCCAUGGUCUUCAGUAUCGUAUGACUCUGGCCUUUUGUGAGUGGCAACACACAGAAAAAAGACAGAAAAUGCCAAAUCUUUCACUUUGAUGAAACAGAAUGUGGAUGCAGUUAACAGUGCUGUUCUUCUUUGAUUUUAUGUAAUUACUGUUCGGGGACCUGGCUGUACAUAUGUGGAUAUGCUGAUCAAUGUUUUUGCAAUUGUAACAGUAGCUAUAUCGUGAUAACACCAACAUUGGAUUUGGUGACUGUUUAAUUGUGCCAUGAGGUAAAAUGUAAUUAUGUUUCUGGUGUUAUGCUUGCAGAAAAUGCAUCAUGUGCUUUUCUAGAUAUCUCCAAUUCUAUAUAGUGGAAAUGCUUUUCUUAUCCAACAGGAAUUUUAAAAUAAUACGGCACUUGCACAGAAGGCUUUCUAUGUGCCUUACUUUUUUAAAAGGAGUUUAUUGUAUUCGUUGGAAUAUGCAACAGGAGCAAUAAAGGAAAUGGUACCGA